AUGUGUUUGAACUGGUCCAAGUCGAGUGGAAUGCCUGAGGUGGUGGCUGCAGCCAAGGGUGUUGUGACCCACAAGGCGUUGAAGCAGACACUGAUUAAAGUCACCAAGAAGCCGCCCAAGAAGUGGAGGAAAUCUCACAAGCAGACCUAUUCCACUUACAUACACAGGGUGCUGACCCAGCUCCACCCUUUCACCAGGAUCUCCACCAAGGCCAUGAGUGUUAUGAAUUCCUUCAUUGUCAACAUUUUCGAGUGCAUCGCCUCCGAGGCCUCACACCUCAUUCAAUACAACAAACACACCAUCUCGGCCAGAGAGAUCCAGAGCGCUGUCUGCCUCAUACUGGCAGGGGAAUUGGCCAAACAUGCUGACUCCAAAGGCACCAAGUACACCAACUCCAUUUAG